AACAGCAACCCACAGAAUCAGACGGCCCAUCACCUUUUGUACCCAAAAUCCAUACAGUAUUCCCUCCUCUUUGUUAUUGGCGGGGACGUUUCAAAUUUGUACCCUCAGUUUCCGAAAGCAGCUCUUAGCCGUGUGAAAAAAGGCAUCCUCUUUAGAUUCUUCAAAAGCAGCUCUCAUUUAGUUCUACUUUUCAACAGUUCUUUUCUAGAAACUCUGUCUUCUUCUCUCACAUGCGCUUUUGUGUUGUUAUUUCCGUACUACAUCUCUCUCUUAGUGUGUUUGUAGAAGUUUUUAUGUCAGAUUCUUCUCUCUAGUAUUUUGAUUUUUUUUCCUUUUUUUUUUUAAUCUGGUGUGGACGGAAUCCUGAUUUGCCGGGGGGAAAGCGUAAUGGGGGACGACGGAAGCUCUGGUUCGCCGGAUGGAGGGAGUGAGAGGAAGCCUCCGAGGUCGGAGGAAGCACCGGAGAAUGGCGGAGGAGAAGAGGAGGUUCUGAGGGUGGAAGAAGACGGAGGAGUUGUGCCGAAGAAGAGGCGUGGGCGGAAGCCGGGGAAGAAGGCGGAAGUGAAGAGGAAAGGGAAAGGAAGUGGUGUUGGUGGUUGUUCUGAAGGUGGAGGAGGUCCGACGAGGAAGCGCGGUCGGUCUAAGAAGGAUGUGAAAAUUGGGGAGAAUGUGGAUUUGGCGGCGGAGAAGGGCGGCGAAAAUGGCGAGAAAGGCGUGGGAAGUGGUGGUUCUGGAGAUGAAGGAGGUGGAAAAGCUGGAGAAGAUGUAGAAUCGGGAGAAAAUCAGGAUAUGCAGAUUGCGGAGGGAGCAAAUGGUGGGGAAGGCCUUCAAAACUGUGGUCGUGAAGACGAAGGAAGUGAAAAAGCUGGAGAAGAUGUGAAAUCUGGGGAUUAUGAGGAUUUGCUGGCGGAGAAAAGUAGAGAAAAAGAUGAGAAAGGCAAAAGUGGUAGUGGGAAUGAAAGUUCAGAAGCUCAAGAAGAUUUAAAACAAGUGGAAAUUGAGGAUGUUUUGAUGGAGAAAAGUGGAGAAGGAGGUGAGAAAGGCAAAGAAACUAAUAGUUCUGAAAAUGUUGGAGUCUUGGUGAGGAGGCGCGGCCGAAAACCAAAAAGUGUGAUAUUGCAGGAGAUUGAGCAAAACGAGAAUGGGAUAGAGAGGGGUGUUGAUGAAAAUGGAGGUGUUACCUCAAGGAGGUGUAGCCUAAGGCCAAGAAAAGAAGUGAAAUUAGUGGGAAAUUAUGAUCUCCAGAUUGAGAAAGAUGAAGAAGAUGGUGAAGAAAACGUAGAAAGUGGGGUUUCAGAUGAUGGAGUUGCGGUAAAGAAGAGAGGUAAAAAAAAGGUGAAAAAAGGUAGGAAAAUGGGUGGCAUUGGUGAUGAAGAUAAACAACCUUCUGUGAAGAGGCAACGGGGAAGAACUAGAACAAAGAAGGAAGAUUUUGGAGACAAGGAUUCAAUGGCAGUGAAAGGUGAAGAAAGUGAUGAUUUAGACACUGAAGAUGGUGAUGAGAUGACUCGAAGAGGACCUAAGAAGAAGAGAGGGAAAAAGAGUACAAAAGGGCCUGCGGUUCCUAAGAAUGAUAUGAAAACUGAGGAUUUUGGAAAUGAAAAUGGUGAAGAAAACUCUUCCAAGAACGAGACUGAGCCAAGGACAAUCACACAGAAGAGAAAGAAGUCAAAAGAUGAAGCAUUGGGGAAGUUGGAUGAUGAGAAGGAGAAAGAGCCCUCAGAAAGGAGCUUGAUGAGUGAUGGUUAUUGCCUGAGGGCUCCCAAAGCUCAGUCUUCAGUACCUCAACAACUUUCACGUAAGGAGAAGAUGGAUCCAAAAUGGAUUGAAGAGGUGUCUUUAAUGUGCCAUCAAUGUCAGAGAAAUGACAAAGGAAGAGUUGUCCGCUGCCGAAAAUGCAAGAGGAAGCGAUUUUGUAUCCCCUGCUUAGAAACUUGGUAUCCUCACAUGUCAGAGGAGGCAAUUGCUGAGUCUUGCCCGUUUUGUAGUGGGAACUGCAAUUGCAAAGCAUGCUUAAGAUGUGAUGGAUCCCUUAAAAAAAUGGCUGAACUGGACUAUUUGAAAAUGAAGCUCAGUGAUGAGGAGAAAUUUAAGCACUCUAGGUAUUUGCUACAAGCAGUUGUCCCGUUUUUGAAACAAUUUAAUCAAGAACAGAUGCUUGAGAAGGAGAUUGAGGCUAAGAUACAAGGAUUAUCUCCAUCAGAGCUAAAGAUACAGCGUGUAGUUUGCAACAAGAAUGAGCGUGCAUACUGUGACAACUGUAGAACUUCUAUUGUUGACUUCCACAGAAGCUGUCCCAACUGUUCUUAUGACCUCUGCCUUAUUUGCUGCCGGGAGAUUCGUGAUGGCCACCUGCAGGGAGGUGAGGAGGAAGUGAUUGUGCAUGUUGACUCCCCAGGACUAGGCUACUUGCAUGGUGAUAAGUCUAGAUUUCCUGAGUCUUCAAGGAGAAAGAGAAAAUUGAAUUUUCCUGCUAAUGCUAAGGAUCAUGCUAAGUCAAUGUCUGGGUGGGAAGCAAAUAAAAAUGGUAGCAUCCCUUGCCCUCCAAAGAACUUGGGUGGUUGUGGGCAGGGACUACUAGAAUUGAGAUGUAUGUUAGAGGAAAAUUUUGUUUUGGGUUUGAUAAUGGAAGCGGAAGAAAUAGCAAGCAGUAACAAACUUAUGGAUAUUUCUGGAAACCCUCAACAGUGUUGCUCGUGUUUGAACUUUGCGGAUGACAAUGACACUGACAACAGUAAGUUAAGAAAAGGAGCUUCCCGAGAUGAUUCCAGUGAUAACUAUUUGUACUGCCCAAAAGCCACUGAUAUUCAGGAUGAGGAUUUAAAGCAUUUCCAGUGGCAUUGGCUCAGAGGCGAGCCAAUAAUUGUAAGAGAUGUACUUGAAAAUACAUCUGGUCUGAGUUGGGAGCCAAUGGUCAUGUGGCGUGCAUUUCGUCAGAUUACAAAUACCAAUCAUGCUCAACAUUUGGAAGUGACAGCCAUGGAUUGCUUGGAUUGGUGUGAGGUAGCAGUUAAUAUUCAUCAAUUUUUUAAAGGAUAUUCGGCUGGUCGGUUUGAUAGUUAUAAGUGGCCUCAGAUACUUAAAUUGAAAGACUGGCCACCCUCUACUUUAUUCAAGGAGCGCUUACCGCGCCAUCAUGCUGAAUUUGUUAGCUGCCUUCCGUUUAAGGAUUAUACACAUCCAUUUGAUGGCAUUCUCAAUCUUGCUGUCAAAUUGCCAAAAGGGAGUCUACAGCCAGACUUGGGGCCCAAGACAUAUAUAGCAUAUGGAGUUGCUCAGGAGCUGGGUCGUGGAGACUCUGUAACAAAGCUUCAUUGUGAUAUGUCUGAUGCAGUUAAUGUUUUAACUCAUACUGCUGAGGCAACCCUUCCAUCUGAUAAUCUGGCUGAAAUAGAAAAGUUGAAAGCACAGCAUAGUGCUCAAGAUCAGGAGGAGCAUCUGGAAGAUAGUCAGACAAAAAACCAAGAUGUUGAGGAGAAGCAACCGUCACCAUCCAGUGGUCCCCAAAGUAUAUCAGGAGGUUCUGAAAAGAAUGAAGAAGCAGAAGUGGGUCAAGAUGGAAGUAAGAAGAUUAGUGGACCUUCUGCAAUUUCAGGAAAUAGGUUGGCAGGGGAGAAACCUGCAGAGGGAGGUGCUCUUUGGGACAUUUUCCGUCGACAAGAUGUUCCUAAGCUGCAGGAAUAUCUUAAGAAGCACUUUAGGCAAUUCAGGCACAUACAUUGUUUUCCACUGCAGCAGGUUGUUCACCCUAUUCAUGACCAAACCUUUUACUUGACUCUUGAGCACAAAAGGAAGCUCAAGGAUGAAUAUGGAAUUGAACCAUGGACUUUUGUCCAAAAUCUCGGAGAUGCAGUAUUCAUUCCUGCUGGUUGUCCUCAUCAAGUUAGAAAUUUAAAGUCAUGUAUAAAGGUUGCAGUUGAUUUUGUCUCACCUGAAAAUGUUGGUGAGUGCGUUCGAUUGACUGAAGAAUUUCGCACGCUUCCCCAAAAUCAUAGGGCUAAAGAAGACAAAUUGGAGGUGAAGAAAAUGGUUAUUCAUGCAGUGCAUAAUGCUUUGAAGAUUUUGAAUCCGCAGAAGACAGUUGAGAUAACGGGACCAGAAAAGAAAGUCAAGAAAACAAGACGAAAAAAGAGCCGGACGCGUGGAUGAGGCCCCCUCCCAGCAUCACCUGUCCCACCAUCUACACUAGAGCUAGAAUGAGCGUGUGAGUCCUGUUCAAACUCAUGUGAAGAUGCCAGUGACAGUUUCUUCUCUUUUUUUGCUGAGAGUGCCAUCGUUUGUUCUUCCAACCUUUAUGCUGAAUAUUUGCUCUCCAUCUACGAAGUCAUUACCAUGUGGUGAUUUUUGUUUCAUGUUUUGUAUAUUACCUAGAUCAGCAGCAGGGAUGGGCAAUUUUGUUUGGUUUUGUUUCUAUAUUGAGAUGGCAACAUGAAUGUUUAUUGUAUCAUUUUGAUAUUCAUAGCAAUGAAAGAAUAUGGUAUAUUGGUAGUCCAAAAAGAUCCCAAUUCAAUGGAGAGUUGAUGAGUUAAUGUGCUUGUAAA